AUGAAAAGACGAACAUAUAUUAUAAUUGGAGUUAUUGUUUUGUCGAUUAUAGCAGUAAUUACAAUUGGUGUCGCUGUCGGAACUAGAAAAUCAAAAUCUACUUCUGCGGACGAUUCUAAUCAUCCCAUAUUCAAGACUUGGGAUGGCCAAUCGGUCAAUUUAAACAUCCAAGCGAAUUCUAAGUACAAAAAAUCAUUUUAUGGAAUUAAUUAUGGUCCUGUCAACGCCACUUGGCCAGAAUGCGGCAAUACCCUUGGUGAUGUCAUUGAAGAUGUAAAAAUUCUAUCACAAUUGACAUCAAGGCAAGUUCAUCCAAAUAAUUGUCUCGAUAUCAAAGUUAUCCCGACCAUUUGGGUUGAUAAUAAUAUGACCACAUAUCAAAGACAAUAUGACGAUUUAUUCGCAAAUUUAAAUCAGCAUGGUUUUGAUCAUAUUGAAGGGGUUUCUGUGGGAAAUGAAGUGAUUUUCCGCAAAGAUAUCCCAACCAAUGAUUUAUUCCAAAGAAUCGCGGACGUCCGACAAAAGAUCCGUGCACUACCAAAUGCUCCGAAAAAUUUUCCAGUAUUCACUUCAGAUCUUGGUUCAAAUGUUGGUGAUGCAUUUGUUAGCGCCGUUGACGCAGUCUUCGCGAAUGUCCAUCCCUAUUUUGCCGGUGUUACGGCUCAAGACGGAACUAAUUGGACUCUUAAAUUUUUCGAUGAAAAUGACGUGAUAUAUGCAAGCAAGCAGAAUAAACCUGCCGUAAUCGCAGAAGUUGGAUGGCCAACUCAAGGAGCUUCGAACAAUGGGUCAGUCGCAUCAAUACCAAACUUACAAACUUUUAUCUCGCAAUUUAUUUGUAGUGCAAAUGCUCGACAAUACAAAUAUUAUUAUUUUGAGACAUUCGAUACUCCAUGGAAAACCCAAAGAUUUACCGUAUUAGAAGGAAGCUGGGGAUUAUUUUAUCCAGAUCGUACUUUGAAACCUGGCCUUACAUUACCUGAUUGCGCCCCAACCGCUCCCGGUUUAAGCAAUUAG